UGUUUCCAUAGCAAAGGCGGCUGGUUGGGGAUGGCUGAUGGAGAAAUGGGGCAGGCCUCGGGACCCUCGAAGAAUCGUGCGUGACUUCGGGCGCCCUCUUGAAAGGUUGUUUCGAUGUUUUUUCCUCCUUGGCCCCCACCUCGAGACUCUGGGCCUCAGUUUUCCUAUCAGAGAAGAGGGCGUGGAGCCUUCCCCCGGCCCACACUCCGCGGUGAUGGGGCAAACCGAGAGCGAGCCGCUUUGGUUUGCCCAACAAAGACAUUGAACUAGCUUCUGGUUCCUGUGGCUUCCAUGGGGCCCCAGUUCUGCCCUCUGAAGCAGCAGAGUCCACAUACCAGAUGUUAUACAACCUCCCUGUCGUGGCUGCCCAUCUCUGCAAAUAUGUGGCCAGACUAGAAACGGUCAACCCCAGGUGACCUCAGAAUGGCAUCCAGCAUAACCAGAGUUCACCUUCAAAAUAGUCUGUUGGGGCGGGAAGCAGGGGAGGAGAGAUGAGAAGGGCUGCGGGCAGAGGCUGCUGAAUUCGUGUGCGUGGAGCAAAGAGCAGUGGUGCCAUGCAGAAGAAGCUCGGCAUCCUGGGUUCCAGUCUCCUGUGCCACCUCCGCUGGGCGACCACAGGAGAGAAUCACUUCCCUUCUCUGAGCUGAUCUGGGCCCUGAUCACAGUGGCUGCAAGAGUCUUUUUUGAUUAGGCUAUCAGACGACCCAACUCUGACUCUCUCACAUCGGCAGCCACCCCUCAUCCACUAGAAACAUUCACUCAUCCUUCGCCCUCAUGACCUCUGAGCAUGCAGUGUAUGUUAAAGGCUGAGGAUUAAGAAAAGACACAGCCUGCCUGCGUGUGCCCCUGCCCCCAGGAGAUCCUGGUCAGCUGGGAAGACAAUCAAGUGAACAGAAAGUUACAAGAGUGUAAACUCGCUUCCCUCAAACUGGGUCUUUCCUGUCUGAUCUGCUGUAUCCCGUCCCUAGCAACAUGCCCCAGGCACAAGAGGAGGCGCUUGGUGACGAUUAUUGGAAUAAGUGGACUCCCCAUCUGGGAUCCGGGCCCAGGCGAGGCAGGAAUGGCCCCGAGGCCUCCGACGGCCGCGCCCCAGGAAUCAGUGACAUUCAAGGAUGUGGCCGUGGACUUCACCCAGGAAGAAUGGCGCCACAUGGACCUUGCUCAGAGGCGCUUGUACAGGGAUGUGAUGCUGGAGAACUACAGCAACCUGGUUUUUCUCGGAUAUCAAGUUUCCAAGCCAGAGGUGAUCUUCAAAUUGGAGCAAGGAGAAGAGCCGUGGCUCUCAGAGGGAAAGAUUCAAAGACCUUUUUGUGCAGUUUGUUUCAACAGGAGGGAAUGAAUAGGGGACUUUUGCACUUUGGGUUUCUUUCAGACUGGAAGACUAGGCCUGAAGCCAAAUCAUCACAUCUGCAGCGGAGCAUAUCUGAAGUAUCCCUUAGCACAGAUGAUCUCUCACAUGCUACAUUAGAAGAUGCUUGGGAUAUGAGUAGUCGGUUAGAGAGGCACCAAGAAAACUGGAAGAGAUACCUGGGGCCAGAUGUAUCCACCCAGAAGAAAAUAAUCACACCAGAGGAAAGUUUUGAGCAAAAUAAAUUUGGUGAAAACUCUAGAUUGAACACAGACCUGGUUACCCAACUGAAUAUUCCUUCAAGGUCUAAUGAAUGUGAUACACUUGGAAUCAAUUUGGGACAUAAUUCAGAUUUACUUAAUCAGAAUAAUAACCUUGCAAAAAAGAAACCUUAUAAAUGUAAUAAAUGUAGAAAAGCUUUCAUUCAUAGAUCAUCACUUACUAAACAUGAGAAAACUCAUAAAGGAGAGGGAGCUUUCUCCAAUGGUACAGAUCAGGGAAUUUAUCCUGGAAAGAAACACCAUGAAUGUACUGACUGUGGAAAAACCUUCCUCUGGAAGACACAACUUACUGAGCAUCAGAGAAUUCACACAGGAGAGAAACCCUUUGAAUGUAAUGUAUGUGGGAAGGCCUUCAGGCAUAGCUCAUCCCUCGGUCAGCAUGAGAAUGCUCAUACCGGAGAGAAACCCUAUCAGUGUAGUCUCUGUGGGAAAGCCUUUCAGCGCAGCUCCUCUCUAGUCCAGCAUCAGAGAAUUCACACUGGAGAGAAACCCUAUCGAUGUAACUUAUGUGGAAGGUCUUUUAGGCAUGGUACGUCCCUUACUCAACAUGAGGUCACACACAGUGGAGAGAAACCCUUCCAAUGUAAGGAAUGUGGGAAAGCCUUUAGUCGAUGUUCUUCCCUUGUCCAGCAUGAGAGGACUCAUACGGGAGAAAAACCUUUUGAAUGUAGCAUAUGUGGGAGGGCUUUCGGUCAGAGCCCAUCCCUUUAUAAACAUAUGAGGAUUCAUAAGAGAGGCAAACCUUACCAAAGCAAUAACUACAGCAUAGAUUUCAAGCACAGCUCAUCUCUUACUCAAGAUGAAAACACUAUGACUGAAGUGAAAUCCUAUCAUUGUAAUGACUGUGGGGAAGACUUCAAUCACAUUACAGACUUUUCUGACCAUCAGAGGAUCCACACUGGAGAGAACACCUAUGAUUGUGAGCAGGCCUUCAGUCAACCUAUUUCUCAUCCUGGAGAGAAACCCUAUCAAUGUAAUGUAUGUGGAAAAGCUUUUAAAAGGAGUACUAGUUUCAUAGAGCAUCACAGAAUUCAUACUGGAGAAAAACCCUAUGAAUGUAAUGAAUGUGGAGAAGCCUUCAGUCGACGCUCAUCACUUACUCAGCAUGAGAGAACCCACACGGGAGAGAAACCCUAUGAAUGUAUUGACUGUGGGAAAGCCUUCAGUCAGAGUUCAUCCCUCAUUCAGCAUGAGAGAACUCAUACUGGAGAAAAACCCUAUGAAUGUAAUGAAUGUGGGCGAGCCUUCAGAAAGAAAACCAAUUUGCAUGAUCAUCAGAGAAUUCAUACUGGAGAGAAACCCUACACUUGUAAGGAAUGUGGAAAAAACUUCAGUCGAAGCUCAGCCCUCACUAAACACCAGAGAAUUCAUAUGCGAAAUAAACUCUAGGAACCCUGAAAGUGAAGAAUGUACAGAAAGCUUUAGCUAAAAUAUUAUUAUUACUCAAUAUCAGAGGAUUCAUACUGGAGAGAAAGCUUGAGAAUGUAAUGAAUUAUGUGUGUGUUUGUACGUUGUGUGGAGAGAAAACAAUGCUAGUAGGCACUUUUUAAAAUAAAAGCUACAUUCUCAAAUCUGAUUACAGACUUUUGUAAAAACAACUACAAAUAUAUCCUAUUGGAAAUGAUGCCUAUAUAUUGGACUUUAUAAAGCUUUUUAACAUAUGCAGGAGGUCACCAACUUUCAAUAGUUUGACUUGUAACUCUCACUGUUUACAGCCUUUUUUUUAUAAAUAAAAUUCCUGCAGUAA